UCUAUAUCUAUUUUUCAUAUAUAAAAAACAAUAAUAAAUUCCCCAUACAUACCCUAUUUAUUAUUAUUAUUAUUAUUAUUAUAUUGGCCAUCAUGAAUAGAUAUCUUCUUCUCUUUUCAUUCUUUGUUAGUAGCAUAGUAGUUCCUUUUGUUGGUUGUUAUAAUGCAAAAUUACAAAAGGGCCCACUUGUUGAGAGUACAAAUGUUGAAGAUGAUUAUAAUAUUAAUGAUAGAUCAUGGUGGAGAUUCAAGGGGUUAGUCAUGCAAAGCAAAGAUGUUGUUGGUGGCGAUCGGACUUCUUCUUCUUCUUCUUCACAUUUGCGUAAAGUUAUUAAUGUAAAUGAUUAUGGAGCUUGUGGUGAUGGAGGGGAUGCUUCUUCUAAUACACAGGCGUUUGAGAAGGCAUGGCAAACAGCAUGUUCUAGUGGCAAAACAAUUCUUUUGGUACCUAAAGGAAAUAUUUACCAACUCAAACCAAUCAGAUUCUCUGGUCCUUGCAAAUCUGACAUCCAAGUCCAGAUUGAAGGAACAAUUGAAGCAACAGAUGAGGCAUCAGAUUAUUAUAGCAAUGAUAGCAAAUACUGGCUUGUAUUUGAUAAUGUUAAGAAACUAUUAGUCCAUGGUGGUGGAACCAUUGAUGGAAAUGGCAAAAUAUGGUGGCAAAAAUCGUGUAAAAGGGACAAAACCUUGGCUUUGACAUUCUCAAAUUGCAGUAAUUUGAGGGUUGAGAAUUUGUAUAUAUCAAAUGCCCAACAAAUGCAUGUUAGAAUUCAAGGUUGCAAAAAUGUUAUAGCUUCUGGGAUUAAUGUGACGGCACCAGGGGAUAGCCCUAACACUGAUGGAAUUCAUGUCACUAAUAGUCACAACGUCCAAAUCUCUGACUCCGUUAUAGGAACUGGUGACGAUUGUAUAUCAAUUGUAAGUGGAUCAAAAAAUAUUCUAGCUACAAAUAUAACGUGCGGACCUGGCCAUGGUAUCAGUAUUGGAAGCUUGGGGAAGGGAAACUCCGAGGCAUAUGUUUCAGGAGUAACAGUGAAGCGAGCUCAGAUUUCUGGAACUACAAAUGGAGUUAGAAUUAAGACAUGGCAGGGAGGGUCAGGACUUGCUAGCUACAUCCAGUUUAAACACAUUGUGAUGGAAAAUGUGACCAAUCCAAUUUUGAUAGACCAGAAUUACUGUGACAAACCAAAUAAGUCAUGCCCAAAACAAGUAAUAUAAAUUGUGUUGUACCAAAACAUAUCAGGGACAAGUGCUUCAGAUGUGGCUGUGAAGUUUGAUUGUAGUGACUCAGUUCCAUGCCAAGACAUAAUAUUGGAGGACAUUAACCUCCAAAGUUUUGAAGGAGACAAAGAUGCUGAAGCUUUAUGCAACAAUGUAAAAGUCUCUUAUUAUG